CCCCCCCCCCCCUCGCCAUUGCACCAUGAUUUCCCUCAGCGCCCUGUGCCGGAUGACCGCCUCGGCGUCGCUCCGCUCCGCCGGGGGUGCCCCGUCGGCGGCCUUCUCCUCGGCCGCCCGCCAGGCCACCCUGGCCGGGACCAUCUCCCUGAACAACAUCGCCGACAACCCGGGCUCCUCGCGCGCGUUCAAGCGUGUCGGUCGUGGUCACGGUUCCGGCCUCGGUAAGACCUCCGGUCGCGGUCACAAGGGUCAGAAUGCCCGCUCGGGCAAUGGCAAGACCAGCCCCUGGUUCGAGGGUGGUCAGUCGACCAUCAUCGCCAAGACCCCGAAGACCGGCUUCAACAAUGCGGCCUUCCGGAAGGACUUUGUCGAGCUGAACCUGGCCCAGCUGCAGCACUUCAUCAACAUCGGCCGCAUCAACCCGCAUGAGCCGAUCACCAUCAAGACCCUGUACGAGUCGGGUGUUGUUCAUGGUGUCAAGGAUGGCGUGAAGCUCCUGGCCGACGGUCGCGAUCUUUUCUACUCCAAGGUCGACAUCCAGGUGUCUAAGGGUGCGCAUUUGGCGCGGCGGCCUUGCUGGGUGGCUUUUUUUUUGUUGUCCUUUCCUCCUCCUCCUCCCCCGGGGGUGGCUACCCGCCUGACCCUCCCUUCUCUCCUCCUCUCGUCCCCUUUUUUCGGUGACCGGGCCGGCCGCUCAUCGUGCAGCCUCCGCGCUGGCCAUUGACUGCAUUGAGAGCCGCGGCGGCAAGCUGACUACUGUCUACCACAACAAGCUCGGUCUGCGGGCCCACAUCAAGCCCCAGUCCUUCCUGGCCAAGAGCCGUCCGCUUCCCCGCCAGGCCCUGCCCACCCGUCGCGCGGACCUCGAGUAUUACCGCGACCCGGCGCGCCGUGGCUACCUGGUCCCGACCGCGGCGACGGACGCCUCUUCGGAGGUCGACUAAGUGGCAGAUGUCCGACUGGCGGGAGCUCCCUUCCCCUGCCUCUUCCUCUCCUCCCCUUCCCCUCUUGACCUUGUUCCCUUUUUUUCCUCCCCCCCCCCC